UUCUAUCUCUUCUUCUUCGCUAAGCUUGCUAUCCUUUUCCCCCCUUCUAAAACAGCUCUCUUCCAUGGCCGAAGCUAAAAUUAGCUAAUUUUAUUUUUUCAAAAAUAAAAUAAAAUCUGGAAUUUCAUUGCAAUGGCCUCAAUCUCUACUUUCCUUACUCUGUCACCUAAGUUUCGUCUACUAACUUCAAAACCUUCACUUUCUCUCAAUUUUCCAGGAAUCCAACCACUAACUUCUCCCUCAACGUUCUCGAGAAAAUCCGGGAAUUUUUGGAGAUCUAGGGUUUCUUUUCCGGUAAUUAAGGCAAAUCUUGAUGUCGGAAGCAACGCGAUUAGACCUGGAGGUGCGGUCGAGACUGAUAAGUUACCGUCCGAUGUGAGGAAACGAGCAAUGGAGGCCGUUGACGCGUUUGGGGGCAGGGUUACUGUUGGAGAUGUUUCGAGUAAAGCUGGGCUUAAGUUGAAUCAAGCUCAAAAGGCUCUUCAAGCACUGGCUUCCGAUACUAAUGGCUUCUUGGAGGUUUCAGAUGAAGGCGAUGUCCUUUAUGUCUUUCCAAAAGAUUAUCGUGCAAAACUUGCUGCCAAGUCAUUUAGGAUAAAAUUUGAACCUUGGGUUGAUAAAGCUAAGGCUGCACUUGAAUAUUUAGUUAGAGUUUCUUUUGGGACAGCGCUUAUAGCUUCAAUUGUUCUUGUUUAUACAACAAUCAUUGCCCUGAUAUCAAGUAGAAGCGAUGAAGACAAUCGGGGAAGACGAGGCAGAUCAUAUGACACAGGGUUCACUUUCUACUUAAGUCCAACUGACUUGUUUUGGUACUGGGAUCCAUAUUAUUAUAGGAGGCGACGAUUACGAACUGAUGAUGAUGAGAAGAUGAACUUUAUUGAAUCUGUUUUCUCUUUUGUAUUCGGGGAUGGUGAUCCAAAUCAAGGAAUUGAAGAAGAAAGGUGGAAGUUGAUUGGACAGUACAUAGCUAAUAAUGGAGGUGUUGUCACAGCAGAAGAACUGGCUCCUUAUCUUGAUUUAUCGACCACGAAUGGAGCAUUGAGUGACGAAUCAUAUGUCUUACCGGUUCUUUUGCAGUUCGAUGGCCAGCCAGAAAUAGAUGAAGAGGGAAAUAUUCUGUACAGAUUUCAGUCUCUGCAGCGGACAGCUUCUUCUCAGCGGAGUGGAAGGAAGGAAUAUGUAGGAAGAAGAUGGAGCGAUUGGGUUGGGGGAAUUGAGAAAUUUUUUAAGGAGAAAAAGUGGCAAUUUAGUAAAACGAGCUCAUCAGAGAGAGCGAUGGUCAUUGGUUUAGGUGCAAUUAACCUCUUUGGAGUUAUUAUUCUGGGAGCCAUGUUAAAAGAUACUGCUGUUAGACCAAGUGGAUUUAUCAAUUUUGUCAUGGACAUAUUUCCUGUACUUCAGAUCUAUGCUGGUUCUUUCUUUGCAAUUCCUUUGGUUCGGUGGUUCUUCAUUCGUAAAAGGAAUACUGAUAUAGAGAAGAGAAACCAGAUAAGAAAACAGUUUGCUCAAGCACUUGAAUCGCCUGAUCUUUCAUUGAGGCGGAAGCUACUGAGCGCUCGAGAUAUGGCACAAAAAACAGUCAUAGGACCAGAUCGCAUUGUGUAUAGUACCGACAGAGAUUUAGUUGAGCAAGACUACGAGGCACAAGAGUGGGAUAGAAGAUUCCGAGAAAUCGAGAAGUCAGAAUAAGAAAUGCCGAUAUGGACUGUGGUCAUGUGCUUCAGGCUGCUCGAGUCGGUGCCUAUCUUACUGGAGCGUCCUUUUAUGAAGCGAUUGUUACAGUAAAUGGAACCUGUCAGUUUGAAACUGUUGAUAUACCAUUGAUGGAGGAGGCAAUUCUACAAAAGAAAACCCGUAAAUCUCUGCUUCAGUGCUGUCUGGAGGGGGUAAUAAUACAUAUAUUUUUCACUGAAUUGCCUCGCACUUCAUUUAUCAUAUUAGAUUUACAAAAGGUGAAUUCAAAUCCACUUUAUUUGUUUUCACCACCUUAUGUUUCCAUUUGAAAAUAAAAAAAGGGCAUGUUGCGUACUGUAAAC